GUUUUGCACGCAUGUCUGACAGCGAGAAGGAUGUGGCGGAGGGGGGCAGCGCCGCCCGGGGCGCAGACUGGGAGGUGGUGACGCUCACGGCGUCAGCAUACGCUGCGGCGCCAGGGCCUGGUGGGGGUCCUGCGGCAGAGGGGGAAGGCAAGGGCCACGGCGCAGGGUCCUCAUCGGAUGCACUGCUCAUGUCUGACCACUUCGUGUUCCCCCCGAGCGAGCACGAGAACCUGCCCAUUGAGACCGCCCUCGAGGAGGCCCCUGCUGGAGAGGACGUCCUGCAGGAAGAGAGUACCAGCGUGGAGGACACUGGUUUCAGGACUGUUGUGGGUGGCGCUGGGUCUGAGAGAGUCCUGUACUACGAUGAGGGGAGGAACCUGUCGGCUGAUGAGGCGGAGAUGUUGGGCGAGCAUGGUUCGUUCCGCGCCGAAGACGGCGGGCAUGGCUCUGCUGUUCGUGACGACGAUGAUGAUGAUUCCCAGGACAGGGCUAAGGUGGCUCCAGACAGCAAGAGCUGUUGCUCUGGUGGUGCCUCUGGCAAGUACUGGCUGAAGAAGCACAUGGCGUGCCUUUAUGACCAGGCCAAGGAGACCAACGCUCUCUGGUCUGUGGUGGUCGCGGCUGCCUUCGUCGGCCUUGUUAUCUUGUGGCGCAAAGACAAGCUGCACAUUGGCUGCCUUAAAUGGCGCUCUAGCUCGACAGUGAGAUGAUGCUUCCCUGUGCUGCUUGGUCCGUUCGCCACUCUCAUCUUUAUCGAUACACCUCUGAUGUGUUUCGUGCAUCGCCCUGGAGUUAUAACCAAGAAGAUGGCCGUGGGCCAUGCCAGAUUGUGACAAUGACGAAAUGGAUAUAUAUCUAGUGUAAUAAUAUGAAGUUUGACGGGAUUUGCUUCUGGGAUGCCAAAAGUUUCUUGCUCUGUUGUGCCAUCAUACGGUUGCACUUUUCGAUGUGGCACACUUUUUAAUUUUGACAAAUGGCUGUUGGAAUGUGCAACUGCAAGCUGUGAAAUCCAAGAUAACCUUUCUUGUGCUCGAGAAAUGAAACCUGGGAGUCUAUUUAGUUUUA